AUGAUGAUGAUGAUGACUUCGAGCAGCGGCGGCGUGGUGGUGGUGUCGAAAACUGCGCAUCUGCAGCAGCAGCGCAGACGAGCGAUACUCACCACCACCAGUACCACCACCUUUAAACGCGUCGUCGCGCCGUCCUCGUUCGCGGCUUCUUCUGCUUCUUGUUUUUUGUCGUCGGCGAGUAGAAAGGCGGCCAGAAAAAGUGCCUUCGUGCUCGGGCAAAAUAAGCAGAAUAAUACGACUACGAGGAGGAGUAAAAGUAGGAGCAGUAUCCUCGUGGUGAGGUCCUCGUCUGGAGGCAAGAAUAGCGGCGGCAACAAGAAUAUCGUCAUGUCGUCUUCGAGUACGUCGUCGGAAGGAGGAUCGUGGGUGACGCGACUGAAAUCGAUCGAACUUUCCAAAAACGCCGGUCGCUUCCUUCUCGGUUUAGUCGCGUUGUCCUACGGCGGUUUGUGCGUGUCGUUGAAAAUGGUCUUCGUGAGAGCCGGUCCACCGUCGGUUGGGACGUUAGGUAUGAUUAGAGGGUUUAUGGUUCUGUUGUGUUUCGUGCCUCAGUUGUUAGAUUCUUUCAAGAAGAACAAAAGCGGCGAGGUGAAACUGAACAACGAGUUUUGGUCGGCGGCGUUGGAGUUGGCGACGUGGAAUUUUCUCGCGCAAGGGUGCUGCAACGUCGCUUUGUUGUUCACAGAAGCCACGAGAGUGUCGUUUUUAACGCAAGCGUCAAUUGCGUUUACACCGUUUAUUGAAACGUUCUUCGGGGAGACGGUGAAGAAGUUGGUUUGGGCAGGGUGCCUCGUCGCGUUAGUCGGGGUGGUGACGUUAGGAAUGGAUCCGGGGGGAGGGCAGUCUGUGGAGUUGGUCGGUUCGGUGAUUCCGAAAGGAUUAAAUGCGGUGAAUAUCGGCGAUUUGAUCGCUUUAGGUGGAGCGUUGACGUACUCUCUGUACGUGUUUCGCAUCGGCGCGUUCACGAAACUUGGGUUGGACGGGUCUCAGUUGCAGGCGUGGAAAUCCUUCUUUCUGGCGUUUAUGUAUUCCGCGUGGGGGUUCACCGAUUUCGCAUUACACAGAGUAGGAAUGACGACGACGACGCCGUUUGCCGGGUGGAAGGACCCCAUCAUUUGGUUGUUGAUUGCAUUUUCGGCGAUCGUCGGUGGUUACUUGGCGGAUGUCGUGCAAGCGAAAGGACAAGAAUCGGUUUCGGCUUCGGAGACGCAAGUGAUUUUAUCCGGCGAACCGUUGUUCGCAGCAUUGUUGGGAGGGGUAUUUUUAGGCGAAGUGCUCGGACCGUUGGGAUAUCUCGGCGGCGGUUUGCUCUUAUCUGGAGGGUUGAUGUGCUCCUUAGCCGAAGGUUCUGGAACGAACGGAGCGGAGAAGAAAGAAGAUUAA